UUAACCCACAAACAGUAAAAUCAAUAUGCAGUAAAGCAUGCUUGUUAUACUCACUGUGGAAUCUAAGGGGUUAAUCCUCUGCAUUGUUUAAAAAGGCUGUUUGAUCCUUUUUUCUCUGCCCCACCUUUUGUUGAAAUGACCACCUGAUACAGACUGAAUCCGUAGUUACAUGCACAUGCUCAGUUUGGUGUGUAUUGCUAGAGAGGUUUUUUUGUUUGGAGAGUGCAUGUCAUCAGCACAGGGCCAAUCAGCACUGUCCAGACAGAGGUCGGGGGUUCAAAGAAAACCCCUACAUGCUUUAACCAGUGCUCUGCUGAAGCUUGUGAUUCAGGAGGAGACUGAGGGGGUGAGGCGAGGGGUCGAGAGAUAGAUCUGCAUAAUUUCAUUUCCAUGUUGUGUGUACUGUGGGAGAACAGAUUUAGUGAA